CCUUGAAAAAAAAAAAACCAGUAAUGGCAUUGAAAUCUCCGUCACCUACAGUCUGUGACAUCGUAAAUCUCGCCCCCUUCUCGUUGUAUAUGGUACUUGCACGCUGCAUUACACUCUAGACUCACCAGAACCCACCAACUUCGCAAACCUCUCCCCUCUCUCAACAAUGGCAACAACUGCUUUUGCUAAUUCACUGUUGCCUUCUGUUUUGUCGUCUUCAUCUCUCAGUUCUGAUUCUACGUUUUCGGAUCGUCCGACCAAUGUCUUCUUCUGUCCCUCUCGAAUUUCUGCGUCCCUUUCCAGCAGAUCUCAUUUUGCUUCGUCUCGUUUGAAGAAGAGCAGUUCGCGUCCUUUCACUGCCUACUGUUCUCUUGAUGCUGCAAAGGAUCCUGAAGAAGAAAAACCAAUUGAAUUAAGGUAUGGGGCAUACCCUAAAGUGAUGGAUAUCAACAAGAUUCGCGAUAUUUUGCCCCACCGGUUUCCUUUUCUUUUGGUGGAUAGAGUGAUAGAGUACAAUGCUGGAGUUUCUGCUGUUGCUAUUAAGAAUGUGACAAUAAAUGAUAAUUUUUUCCCUGGGCAUUUUCCUGAGAGGCCAAUCAUGCCUGGGGUUCUCAUGGUUGAGGCAAUGGCACAGGUUGGUGGAAUAGUAAUGCUGCAACCAGAAGUAGGAGGCUCGCGUGAGAACUUCUUCUUUGCAGGAGUCGACAAAGUAAGAUUCCGGAAACCAGUGAUCGCUGGUGACACCUUAGUUAUGAGAAUGACCCUUGUGAAGCUGCAGAAACGCUUCGGAAUAGCAAAAAUGGAGGGCAAAGCUUAUGUUGGGGGUGAUGUGGUCUGUGAAGGCGAGUUUUUGAUGGCUAUGGGGAGUGAAUAAUUUUUCCAUACCAGCAGUGGUUCUACCCGGCCUAUCGAGCUGUUGCAGUUACUUGAUGUUCUUGGACGGCUGUCACUUUUCUAUUUAAUUUUUAAUUUAGUUGGAUCAAACAGUUCAAUUGACACUACUGAGACUUGAACAGGUGUUCCUCAUCUUCAGAAAAAAAAACCAUGUCAAUUGCAAACC